UUUGAGCCAUUGUUGCACAGGAAUCAAUCUGCUGAACGACUAUAUGGUUAUUCUGCUGAAGAAGCUCUUGGACAAGAUACCAUUGAGCUCUUAGCUGAUGCUCAGGAUUAUGGUGAUGCUGCUAACAUUAUAGACCUAGCGGUAAAAAUGGGUGAGAGUUGGACUGGACAGUUUCCAGUUAAGAAUAAGCAAGGAGAUAGAUUUGUAAUCAUGGUUACGACUAGCCCUUUUUAUGAUGAUGAAGGUACUUUUGUCGGUGUUAUUUCUGUAGCGAGUAAUGUGAGGGAUUUCCAGGAAACAGGGUUUGCAUCGAUGGAAGUGAGGCAAUUGGAACCUGAUGCAAGAUUUAGAGCCAGAACCCUUGCUUCUUCCAAACAUGGACUUGAUCCCCAGCAGCCCCUGCAAGUUACCAUUGCCUCCAAAAUUUCUAAUUUGGCCUCAAAGGUGAGCGACAAGGUUAAGUCAAAAAUUAAGACAGGAGAGAGCAGCGUGCUUUAUGAAGGUGGAAGGGGAGAUAGUCAUUACUUUAGCCAUGCAUUUUCUGGUGCUGCUCUCUCAGAUCAUAGGGAGGAUGCAAAUUCCAUUGGAGCGAGUACGCGUUUGGGAGAUUUUCACCCUUCUCCCAUUGGAUUAUUCUCUAUUCUUGCAAAAGAGGAACAUUCUCCGGGGAAACUCUCAAGCUAUUCUGGGGAUGAGAGUGAGGGAAAACAAGGGAUUUGUAAGGCUAUCACCUUGAAGGCAGAGGCGUGGAUGGCGAAGAAGAGCUUACCAUGGCCAUGGAAAGGCAACAAUCGAGAUGUGUCAGAGACAGAGAGUACGAGACUUGUACGGGCUUGGCUAAACAAUAACCAUGAAAAUGAGUUUAAUUACAUUAACAGUUAUAAUGCAUUAGAACCAGACAAUCAGUUUAUUGAUACUAACUGGACAACCACCAAUGAAGCUUCGGGAUCCUGGUUUACUUCAUUUGAUGUCAACAGCACAAGCAGUACUAGUAGCUGCGGAAGCACCAGCAGUAGUAAUGUUAAUAAGGUGGACAUAGAUACUGACUGCCCGGAUUACGAAAUCUUGUGGGAGGACUUAACAAUUGGUGAACAUAUUGGAGAAGGUAAUCAAAGGAAAGGUUGAAGAUGUAGAGUUACCGGAGAAAGCUAAUAUUUUGAUCUCUGAGCCAAUGGGUAAGCCUGUCUAGUUAGUCUCAUUUUUAAUUCAUUAUUUGUUCAUGUUAACUUCUAAGAUGGAGCAUUGUGUAUGCUUCGGUUGUGCUGCAAGUUUGCUAGAACUUUAGGUUAUUCCCCUGGAUUGACGACUAAAGUUCUUCUUGAAACAUCACUAUAGCUAUAUCAGUGGUAAUUAUUUUAUUUUCAAGAACCUAUACUAUUAAAGACGGAGAGUAUAUGGAAGAUUAAGACAAUGACAACAUCUGAUCUGAUGAAUGCUUUGCUAUCUUGUGGACCAAACAGAAGUGAAGAGAAGAUCCAUUUUGCCUAUGUGCUAGGAACAUCUCCGAUUGCCUAUAAAAACGGAUUGCAUGAAACUCAAAUAUACAUGUUCAGUAGCCAAUACACAUCCUAAUAACUAAGUUUCACACGUAGUACAAAUUGAGUUGCAUUUUAAAUUUGUAUUGCCUGAUUGUCCACUAUUUUCCUUAUAGGGUGAAGAUUUUUCAGUAUUUGUUGUUUGUUAUAUUUUGUUUUCAUAUCGUAGAAUCUGAAGUCCUAUAUUACUGCAAACAGCUGCAGCUUUUGCCAGAAACUUCAUUCUCAGAUGCAUAUAAGACAAUCAUGAAAGAACUUUGAUAUUUUCCCGUGAUGGGGUUCUGUGCAUUUCAUUUACAAGUGACUAAUAAGUACCUACGACUUAAAGCAAUUUUGACUCACCUUUGCUGCUGCACUAAAGCUUUCCUUGUGCAACUAUUUUACCUUAUUUUCGCACUAUAAUUUUCGACAAAGGGAUUUCAAUCUUCUCAACUGACCUGGUAUGCAACUUUACUGUUUCGUCCAACUCAUGUGGUUGUCGCCUGUCUUUCCAAGAAUUGGUGAAGAAACUUAACGAUCUGCAGAGGGAGUAUGUUAUUCAAGCCCAGACAGCAAGCAGCACUGCAGGACGUAACAGCCAUAAGGAGCAGUAAAUACAAAAAGCACUUGUGCUUCAGGUUCAUCGUCAGAUUGCUAGCAGAUGCAUUUUGCUAACUCUUCAAGGUUUUAUGGCUGUCACAUGAAAGUUGGUCAGUCAGAGCUCACAAGCUGCUUCUGUUGUCCGAUCCUAAGUUAAGAGGAUUGUUCGUGCUGGCGCGUUCUAUUGGUCUUAUCGGGCCCACAUUUGAUAAGAAAUUGAAAUUUGAAGCUCUGUACCAAGUGAAGAUUGAAGACUAUCUAAAUAACAUUAGCCAGAAAGUUGCCUGCUCCCUAAGAAGUGUUUUAUUAGCCAUUUGUUGUGAUCAUUCUUCAUGUUUUAGACUCUCAUCUACUCUCUAGUCGAAGGUCUAUCGGAAAUAGACUCUCUGCCUGUCCUACUCUCCUUAGAUCUCACUUGUGGAAACUUACUAGGUUUUGUUGUUGUUGUUGUUGUUGUAUUCUUCAUGUUUUUGACUAGUAUUUUCUACUCCCAAGUGGUUUCUAAGCAUUUUUGUAAUUUUGUUAUAAGAGACGACUCCUAUAUAUGAAAGAAAUGAAUACAUUCAUUGUUA